AUGCUCCCCGAGAUACUAUCCACCGUCCUCCCUAUCCCCUCCGUCCUCCUACUCCUUACUCUUCUCCUCUACCACCUUACCCCUCUCCUGUCGCUUUCCGGCAACCUCACUCCGUCCCUCCAAAAGCUCUCCGGCAUCAUUCCCCAUCCUCGCCGAGCUCGUAACCUCCCCAGAGAAUUCUUCAACCUUCCCCCUCGACCAGAUAGCCCAAGUACAGCCUACAAGCUUGCUUGGGGCGAUGUCGGCGCCCGUCUGGGUGUCAGGGGCAAGCUCAUGCUGCUUCUGGCCGGCGAAGGGUUCGUUAGCCUCGUCGCCGGAUGGGUCGUGCUCGAGAUCGGUAUAGAGGGGACAACGGGCAUCUGGGCAGGGGUGGCUGUCAGUAUCACACUCUUACCUGUUACGGCGGCUUGGUUGGCACUGUUCGUCAUGGUUUCCCAACCGAUGCACAACCGACACCACAGCUCGAGAUUGUCCUCCUUCCGCCACGCUGUCUUCAAGUCCGGAGGUAUCACGCAUGAUACACUUUACCCACGGAUCUUUCCUAUCUCGGCUGCCACUACGGGUGUCGCUAUUAUCCUUGCAGGCGUGCUUGGUGAUUCGGCGAGAUAUGUCAUCCUCGCCAUGUCGGCUGCUUCCGUGGCAGUCCUUGGCGGGUGCAGCUGUGUCGGCAUGUGGCAAAUGGUGUACAGACCCAGAGAGGGCAUGAUCAGGCUGAGGGGAGAGAGCCGGAUGAGCUUGUAUGAAAAGGAGACGGGUUAUCUACCCGAGGGUAUCAGUCAAGAUGACGAACGAGAAGCCGGAGAAGUGGAAGAGAUGGAUGAAGCGGAGCUUAGAGUUGGGGAUAGUUGGCUAACGUCACCUUCUCGUACAGAGACCAUGAUCUCUUCCUUUGACUUUUCGCCCGGGUCCAACGGUGAUUCCCACAACACAUCUCCAUCAGCCAACACAUCUCCCUCGGAAUCAUCAUACAAGACGCCCCAGAGCAAAGCUUCUGGCAUGUCUCUCAGGACACCCCCAACCAUGCCUCAGACGGCCAUGUCACCCUCUUCCUUCCAGCACCUCUCCCCCAAUACCGCCCUGAGCCCGAACUCUCCGGACAAGUCCACCGAAGACUCUUGGUUAUCCCAGGACACCAACAGUCGGACCAUAUCCGAAUGGUCUUUCCCUUCGCCAGAACCUGUGGUUACUCGACCUAGGUCUCCCGUCUCCCCCGCUUUUGACACGAACCUUCCAAGACCUGGCCAGACGCAGGGUGUCGCAGUCAAGGCGUCCGACUCGACUGCCUACACUCACACUCUCUCUUCAAUCGGGUCCCCGCUCCGCUCCCCUGAUGGCUCAGUCAUUGCCGCCUACUCGCCAGACCCCUUCCGCCCCCUUCCCAGGGCAUUCGAAUCAUUGAGUAGCUACCCGCUUUCGCCUUCUCAGAUGGCCGGCGAGAGUCGUGCGAGUCUUGUUGCUACUCGAGCUGUUGGUUCGAUAGACAAUGCCGUUAUAUGCGUGCCUGUUGAGCGAGUAUCCGCAAAAGGUUCAUCCACCUGGACUCUUGAGAGCUGUAGCGGUCCCACCGCCAGCGGCACUACUCUUGUGGAGGCCAAGACUCCCGAUAGGCGCCAGUCGCGCGUCAAGCCUAUCGAUUUUCGCGCACCUCCUCCCCCUCCCAUGCCCACCAACAUGCCUCUGCCUCCCACUCCGACGUUUGCACGAAGCAGCACUCUUUGGGAUAUGAGCUCUGGGGCCGGCAAGGACAGUAUGGAGCUGUUGAUGGGCGGCGAUGAGCGGGACUGGGUUGCGGUCGAGUCUGGCUCCGAGGCGCUGCAGAGCUGGGGCCGUGGUGGACGCGGACUCGGAAUGGUUGCUGUCGCUGGAUCUAUCUGCUGCUGGGCGCUCGCACUUCCGUUGCUGCUUCAAGGGCCCUCUGGCAUGGCCACGCUCCUGUAUCUCAUCUCCAUCAUCCUCCCAUCGCCUGUCCUUGUCCUCCUCUCUUACAUCCUGCGAUACCGACAUCCCAAGCAAGGCACGAACAGGGGCAAGAAGGGAUCGACCUCGACAGCUGCUACCUCGGGGUACAAGUCCCUCGCCUUGACUUCCGAGUCCCAGCUCUCGCUCCCGGUAUCCAUUUCGCCCAAGCUCACGCCUCCUCAGCCUCAAAGGUCUUCUGCGGACAUCAACGGCAAACACAUGGGCAAGCUGGUGCAGCAGAAACCGUCCCUCACGACGUUCCUGUCCACUGAUGGCGGCGGCUCGCGCGUAGUGACAUUCGAGGGCAAAAGUCCUGAAAGGCGACACACAGUCUAUGGCAAUCUCGAUCUGCGAGACAUGGAGGCUGAAGAGGUCAUGAGAAAGACUAUCGCAAGAAAGAGCGCCGAUGUUUGGUUCGAGGAGGGGCACGCUGUGCAAGGCGGCGGCAUCUUUGCUCGAGCCGCUGAAAUGCUCAAGCCCGUUCCUGCUAUGCGUGUCCUCGAAAUUCAGCCCAAGACGCGGGCCCACAAAGACGAUAUCAGGAGUCAUCGAGCUGGAGUGGUGUCUAUGCUUGCCAAGCGGGCGAGCAGCCUGUUUGAAGGCGGCUGGACUGGCGUGCACGAGGAAGCGACAAGUCAGGGAGCAGAAACGACUGGGCGGUAUGAUGAUGCUUCAGACGAUGCUUCAUUCAUAUCUGCCAAGUCGGGUGUCGCCGUGUCUGUUACUGGUCCCUCGCCAGACAAGCGAGCCUCCAGACUCAGCCGCGGCCACAGCUGCAGCUCCAAUGGCGAGAACGAAAGCAUGCCGGCUCAGAUCCAUGAAGCCAAGCGAGGGAGAAUGUCGAAUGGACCGAUGUUGAUCUACAACCAGCGUAGAGUUUCCGAACGAAGAAGGGUGUCUGGGAAGGGUGAUGAGUACGAGCUGGACUGGUUGACGGCUGGCGUCUUGCCCAAUCUUGUGCCAGCCAUCAAGAUCGGAAAUGAUAUUAGAGUCGAGCCUGCUCCUGGUUUAGCGGCAAUCGUCCACGACUCUGAGGAAGCCGGCGACUGCGACACUCCCCGUGCCGACCGCCGCUCGCAUGUGGAAAAUGACAACGAAAGCUUCAUUGGUGCUCCUUCCUUCCGCUCCAUGUCUCUCAGAGACCAGUCUACCCCUCACCAGUCUCGUCACAACGGCAAACAUACCCACAUCCGAAGCUUUUCUUCUUCCAUCGACCUCUCCAAGUCGCCCGAGUACUACACUGCCCAGUCGCAUGGGCAAUCAACUUCGAGGGUACGACGUAAUGCCAGCGCCAAGUCGAAUCAGACUGUGAGAGAGCAAGAAUUGAAGGAGAAGACUUCUUUCGGUCUGCCGAAAUUCAACAAGGAAGACUUUACAGAGGAGAUGAGAAAGUCUUUCGAUGAGCUCUCUCGUCCUGUAUCCUCUGGCUUUGAUCUCCCACCUAUCCCCGCCACUUUGACUCAGCAGGUCAGCACAGUCGAAAGGGUCGAGGAGCGUCUGCCAAAGGAAAGCUCGAUGACCUUUUCCAAAUCGUACAUGGCAGAUAUGCACUUGGCUCUUGAGCUGGGCGCCUCAAUCUCCUCCCAAAGUCUGGCAGCAGAGGCCAAUCUGCCGCAAGAGGCCUCCCAUAUGUCUCCAAGCCAAGGGUCUUUGGCCAGUACUUUGAACACCGACGCCGAGGACGCGGUGGAGGAGAUGGAAGCCAUGAUGGCCAUGGACACUCCCACUCGAGCUGAAUUUGUCAUUUCUCCCCCGCUUUCUUCAUAUGGUGGCGAGGACGGUCGAUCGAGCAGGGCGAGCGUCAGGUCAAUCUCGACAACCACCAGUGGAACGACAGCUACAUCUGCUUCCGGAACAGGGUACUCGACGAGCUUUGCCGUCGAAGCACCUCCUGUGCCCGACAUCCCUUCACCAUAUCGCCACUUGGCCCAUGCCGCUGCCCCGCCUGUCCGCUCCCACCCCCAUCCUCCUCCUUUGGCAAAGUCUACUUCUGCCUCUACUUUCGGGCCCGUCAACAAUCAGCGCUUCUCCACCAUUGAGCCUCACCCGUCUGUCCAGCACCUCUUGCCGAAAAGCUCCAGCGGGUCAUUACAGUCCAACUGGACGGCGUCAGAGUCUGAGGCUAGCAAUCCUACCCCCUUGCCAAAGGCGCUAGACUACAAGCCCUCAAAGCAGGAACUUCGGCUAGUGAAGCAGUUGAACGAGAGGAAUGCGGAAAGGGACGCUGAGAAGGAGAUGAAGGGACAAAAGUCUGAAUCUACUGUGGAGCCUGCUCAAAAGAGCAAGACUGUGGAGAAGAGGGGCCUGAAGCCCUUGACUCUGGUCGAGAAGCGACUCUCGAACGAGAUCAUAGCGGCACCAAACAAAUCUGCUCUCCGCAAGUCAAAGUCUUCAACGGGAAGCCAGAAAAAGUUUAGCGUGCUCUUACAAGAGAACGAGAUGGGAUCGAAGGUGUCUCUGGGAGAAAGGAGCGCGAAGGGAAAGGAGAAUGAGGCGAAGGGGAGUAAGACGUCGACGGGGUCCGGGAUCUUGGGGGUACGGGGGCUACGCGCAUAG